AAAAUAAAAUAAUUAUUUGCCUACACAAUAUUUUAUUAUUUUAUUAGUCAAAAUCAAAAUCAAGCAAAAAUUGAAUUACCAAAAAAAAAUUGAUUUCAGGGAAUGUUAUGAUGCAUGUUUACUUAGGAGUAAACCCUAACAAAUUGAUCAACGAAUGUUAGGGUGCAUGUUUACUCGAGAGUAAACCAAUACAAUGAAUCAGGGAUGGAAGAGCCAUGAAUUCAGGGCUCCCGCUCUUGGCUCUGGCUCAGCUCCCCACAAGUUUUGGCUCUGGCUCGCUCUUGGCUCUUGGCCCUUUUUCUUUACAUGUGCUCUUUGGCUCCUUGCUCGCUCCUCAAUUCCUUCUGGCUCCGCUCUUUGACUCUCAGCUCCCUCUUCAAAUUUCUCGGCUCCCACUCCAGCUCCAGCUCUGGCUCUUGGCUCUUUAAAUUAGAAUAUAAAAUUUGUGAAAAAUGAUGAAAAAAAUGAAAAUAUACUGCAUUUAUUUUCAUUUUAUUUCUCAAUGAGAAAACAAACGUAGAAAUUCUUCAUUUUCUUCACAAAUGUGAGUUGAAAGUUGAAUUUUUGAUGAAAUUUUGCGCAUUUUUUUACUUUUUUUUCUACUUUUUGGGAGCCAAAGAGCCUGAAAAAUUUUGUGGGCUCCCACUCGGCUCUGGCUCUUUCCAGGUUAAAGACUCCUUAUGAUGAUGGCUCUCUUGAGUAAAAUAAGGAGCUCUUUUGCAAGAGAGCUCUUGAUGUUUUUCUGCACUUUCAUUUAUUUGGCUCCUGGCUCUGGCUCUAGCUCCUCAAAAAAUCCGGCUCUUUCAGACUCUGGCUCUGGCUCGCUCCCGGCUCUUCCAUCCCUGCAAUGAAUUGAUGUGCAGAUUUACCAAAGGUAAACCUAAAAAUGGACUUUCCUUGAAGUACACUUCAUUCUCACCCAGGAUAAGGGUAAACCUUGUUUUGGUAAACCUGUGUUUUUACAUUCUCUCCAAUUCGACUUCUCAUUGUUAAAGCUCUUUAAUACAAGUAUGGAAAUAGAUUAUGCUCUCAAGAAAGUCUUAGCAUUUUACGUAUGUAUUACGUACUGCGCAUGGCAGGUUGGUGUCGUCACGCGGUGGAGGUGGGUGGAGCAACCGGGGUGCAACGUUGUACGUGAACAGCUGAUUUGAUUGAUGCUUGCUCGCGCACUGCGCAGUACGUAAAACUUACAUAAAAUCCUAUGACUUUCUUAAGAGUAUAAUCUAUUUCCAUACUUGUAGCUUUGUUUGCAAUGCAAUGUUACCAAUACGGCCAUUCAAAAUGUAGAUCUAAAGAUUAUUCAUUUGAAAAAAUCUGAAAAAUCUCAGUUUUGCGAAUAUAAUUUUAUUCUGCCAUCAAAAGUCGAAGUUUUAACGCAACGAGAAAAGAAUCAAGUCAUCAUUAAGCAGAAGAACCUCAAAAAUCAUGAAUUAAUGAAAUUAAAGCAGUUCAUUUUUUCUCGUGAAUUUCAUAACUUGAAUAACACAUGUCAAUCAUUUGAUAAGAAAUGAUAAUUUUUGUUUCGUUUCGUUCGGAAUGGUCCUCGAUUCUUCGUUAAAAUCAAUUUUUCCUAUACGUUCUUCAGAACAUUUCGCUUUACGUUUUCCUGGAAUCGUAUAAAUGUCCUUACAGGAAAACAUAGAAAAAAAACUGAACACUUUGAAAGCAACGACAGUGAAAUUAUACUCGAACACCGGUGAAGUGUAUGAAGAGUAUCGCGAUGAGAGUGGAGAACUUCGGAAAAAUAAACUGAAUACUUCCAGCUGCGGAUAUGUGGUAGACCAUACGCCUGAUUUACAGAUCGGUAAAGUCUUACCUUGGAUAUAUAUCGGUUCUCAAGAUGUAGCUCAUGAUCAUAACAUGUUGAAAGAAAAUGGCAUAACGCACAUUCUAAGUAUUGGAGUACCUUGUCCUACGUACGAUGAUAUAUCAACUACAUUCAUAGAGGCAUAUGACACCGAAGAAUUUGAUAUUAAACGUACGUUCGACGUUUGUUUCGAAAUUAUCGAUGGUGUAAGAGAAUCGUCCGGUAUUGUGUUGGUACACUGUAACGCGGGUAUUUCUCGAUCUGCGACAAUUGUUGCUGCUUAUCUAAUACGACAUCGCGGAAUAAAUCAUGAAGAAGCCUUGGAAAUACUAAAGAAAGAGAGACCAAAAAUUAAUCCAAAUCCUGGUUUCGUAAAGGUACUGGAAAAUUACGCCACUGCGUAUUCACGAAAGAACUAACUAAAACGAAAGUUUAUUUUCUAACAUAAUUCAAUAUAAAAACGAGUCACCAUUGGUCUAUUAUUAUUGCUCAGCUGUCAGCGCUUUCUUAUUUUCUUUGUAUUUUUCUAGUCGUUUUUUAAUUAAUAAUUUAUUUCUCUCCAACGGAUCCAUGUUUUCAUCUAUGCCAUCUAAAAAUAAUUAUUUUAAUUAAUACUAUAAGUAAAUGAAAACUUGGUCAUUUGAGUAAAUAAAAAAUGAACACAAACCACUCUCUUCUUGUUUCGGUUCUUUUUGUUCCAUUUCGUCAGCAGGUAUUUCAAGAUCUUUGGGAUCGUAGAAAACAUCUGCUAGAUAUAAGCCAUGACUAGGAGCUACAGAAAGGCUUUUUGGAUACGACAAAGGUGACGGGUCUUCAAUCAUUUUUUGAACUGUACUCAUAGAUAAUUUAUGUUGUGCUACCGCCAAUAACACGCCCACCGUCUUCCGUAUCUGCAAACAAAUUCAAUUUUAGCAUAAUUAUCAUUAAAGUAGAAACAUUGAAUCCAAUUUAAGUAUUUACCUGUUUGUAUAAAAAUGAUUUUCCUUCGCAAACACAGUGCCAGUAAUUAUAAUAAUCGUUCAAAGGACUUGGAACAAAAGGCUGGGCAGGUUCGACGUAUAACCGAUUAAUUCUCCGGAUGGUU